AACCUGGAGACCACUACCUUCCGACAGGAUCCCCAUAUCGACGCCGCGCUUAGCACGGACGCCCGAUCCACAUGCGCGCACGCAGGUUGGAGCUCCCAGCGACGGCAGUUUCAACCACCCGGCCUCCAAGUUGCUGGAUUACAGGCGCACGCCGCUACGCCCAGCCGUUCAGCGAUGUCAGCUCUUUUGCACUUACACGCUCCUCUCGCAACUCUUCUCACUCUCAGCCUCAUCUACUCACUUGCAUUCAGUAACAUCUUCUUACUACCUUCCAUCUUCACUCGCCAACUGCAUUCCUCCUUCAUGCCAUCGGCCAUUUUCGCUCUCACUCUUCCCUUCUACCACCGUUGUCUUGGAGCGAAUCCAAAAUGUAAUGCUAGUUCCAUGUUGCUUCCAGCCCGUUUUGUGGGCUUCACCGGCAUUAUUCAGUCCUUUAAUGGGCAGUGUGGACGACGGAAACGUCGCUUUAAGAUGGCUCUCAGUAUUUUGGUCAUUUUAUUUUUGUUUCUUUUCAAUCUCAACAAUUGCUUUCCAUACGCAGCCGUUAAUGGUUCAAAUGUAGUGUCAUCGCAGGAAAGUCGCUACACAAUCAUUGUUGAUGCGGGCAGCAGCGGUAGUCGACUUUUUGUAUACUGUAUUCCAGCUCGAAAAGUCGGCGAUGAUCCUUUACCAACCAUUACUUUAUGUCUUGAUGCUGAAGGCAAUCCCCUUACCAAAAAGGUCAAACCCGGUCUUUCUUCUUUCUCUUCCGAUCCAUCAUCUGUCCAAAGUUACAUCCAUGGUUUAUUAUCAUUUGCUGCAAAAAAUAUCCCUAAACAAUACCACUCUAUCACACCAGUUUACAUUCUUGCUACAGCCGGUAUGCGGUUUUUAUCACAAAGCGAUCAGGAUGCCAUUUGGAGCUACGUUCAGUCAACAGUAAAGAGAGAAUUUCACUUUAACUUUGAAAAUUCUUGGGCGCAAACAGUUACUGGAUUUUAUGAGGCCUUAUAUGGAUGGAUUACUGUUAACUACUUACUGGGAAACUUUGCCGAACCUCUAAAACCAACAGUUGGAAUGCUAGAUAUGGGUGGAGCAAGUAUGCAAAUCGCCUACGAAGUUCCUCCUGAACUCAAUCCCCCAGAGGAUCUCAUCCUUCCAUUCACUAUUGGGGGAACUCGAACUCAUAACGUCUACGUCAUGACAUUCCUUGGUUAUGGCACUCAAGCCGCUAAGAGCCGAUAUAAACUGGCUCUCCUGCAUAACGCUAUGGAGUACUCACAAUAUUCGGGACUUUUGAAGCAUCGCUUUCGACCUUCAACAGGGUAUGUAAAAAUUCCCAAGUUGGACAAUCAUACUGUGGAACUACACUAUACCACAACUGGAGAAGAGAAAUUUAUCCUCUCUGAUCCGUGCCUUCAACCUGGUCUGGAAGAUAGACUGGACAGGAAUGAUUUGACCCUUUCUCGAACUAUUCUUGCAACAGGCAAUUCUUCCUCUCCCACAAUCGCUUUUGUGGGUACUGGCAACUUGACACUCUGCAUUGAAUACCAAAAGAGCCUUUUGGAGAAACAGAAGCCAUGUAAAUUACAUCCAUGUUCCAUGAACGGAAUUCACCAACCAGCAGUGGAAUUUGAAGGCACUAGCUUCUAUGCAAUGUCAGAAUACUGGUACACAUCGUCGGAUUUGGGCACUUCUGGGUUAUCAAAUAUCUACGCGUUCGAAAAGUUCUCUUCUAAUGCUCUGCAUAUGUGCCGGACUCCCUGGCAAUCGUCACUUACGGAGUAUCUUAAGAAAAAUGUCGACCCUUCAGCCAUUGCCAAUAAACACUUCAUGUCUUGA